ACAGAAAUUAUUAUUUAAAAUGAUCGCUACUUAAUUUACCUAUUAUAUACCUUGCGUAUGCCUGCUGUCAAAAUGUCUAAAAAACAGUUUUAGCUUGCGUAAAUGUUGAUACUUUCUUGUUUACCAGAAUAUGUAUAAUGAACUUAUUUGAUAAACAAAAGAAAGAAUGUUUACAUGGUAUAGAUCAAAGUAGAAAGGGAAGUUUCGAUGCACCUAUUCACGAAUUGAUUGUUUUCAUCAAUUCUCAUAAUGAUUUUUUCACAACGAGUUCAUGUUCUGGACGAAUAGUUCUUUUUAUGGAGGGUGAAACGAAGAAAAAAGGUUGCAAAUGGCUCCUUGCUUCUCAUGAUGAAAUCGGUGCUACUCAUAUUAUGGAGAAAAUCGAAGAACGAUCGGAUGAAGAUGAUAAAAUAGAUCUCAAAUAUGAACCAUUUAUAUUACAUGUGCAAUGUCGAACUUUAGAAUGUGCUAAACUCAUGCUGAAGAUUGCAUUAGGUUGUGGCUACAGAAAUUCUGGGAUUGUCAUCGGGAAGAAAGAAAAAUUUAUGCUGGCAGUGAGAAGUACGCAUGGUGCAGAAGCUCCUCUUAAAUUUAACAAGAGUGUCAUUGUCUCAAAUGAGAUUUUUUGAAGCACUAAAAGCAGGUCUAAGUGGCGGCACUAAAUAAGAGUCAUGAGUUUGUUGUCCUGCUUUCGAACAAGAGUUUAUGAUGUCUAAUGCAUAUUUGCAUUUGCAAACAAACCUGGAGGAAUUACAAAGAGACUGGAGUUUGGUGAUAUCCUCAGACAAAACUGCAUACAUAUGUACAUAAUUUAAGUUAGACACUACAACAGUUGUACAGAAUGA